GGUACAAAGCUCUUCUCACAUCUCUCUGGGAGAGCGAGAGAGCGAAAAUGCAGCAAAAUCAUCAAUCACCGAUGCUACAGUCACCAGCGAGGCUUGGCCUUACAAACCCUAAUUCACCGUCUCUCUCUAAUCCUGCAACCCCUAAACUCUCCUCACAGACCCCUCAGCAUCAACAGCACUUCGUUCCCCAUCAUCAACAACAGCAGCAACAGCCGCAGCAGACUCCAUCAACAACUGCCUCUUUAACUACCACAACCACAUCUUCAGCCCUACUCCCCCUCCUUCCUCCUCUCUCUCGAGCUCAAUCUAUCCUCCUCCAGAUGGCCUCACUCGCCACCAGACUCUUCGAAGUCUCGCCCAACCGAUCCAUGUGGCUCUCCUCCUACCGUGGCUCCCUCCCUACCUUCCUCCCUUCCCAGAAUCAGUUCCAGCACCAUGACUCAUCAUCCUCUCCAUCCACCACCAAAGAAAUCCUCUCCCUCUUCAACGCUCUUCAGACCCAACUCUUCGAGGCCGUUGCCCAACUCCAAGAAAUCCUCGAUCUCCAAGACGCCAAGCAGAAGAUCGCUUCCGAAAUCCGUUCUAAGGACUCUGCCAUGCGCGCCUUCGCUAACAAGAUGAAGGAUGCCGAGCACGUUCUCGACCUCCUUGUCGAUGAUUAUGCUGAUUAUCGCCGUCCCAAACGCUCCAAAUCUACUACAACUCCCGCGGAAGGUACCGCCAUUACGGAAUCGUCUUCUUCUGCAAGCGACACCACCAUUACAUCGUCCUUACGUUUAUCGGAUAUUAUGUCCUACGCACACCGGAUCAGUUACACAACCUUUGCCCCUCCGGAAUUUGGGGCCGGGGUGGCUCCCCUUCGUGGAGCUAUGCCACCUGCGCCGCAAGAAGAGCAGAUGCGUGCUUCGCAGCUGUACAAUUUUGCUGAUCUUGACGUUGGCUUACCCAAGACAGUUGAAAGCGAGAAAAAGGCUAUUGAGACUUUGAUCGAGGCUGCUCCCCUGCAGCCCCCACAACCCGCAGACGCCAAUCAGCUUCUCGACUUGACGGUGAUUAAGGGUCUCUUCCCCCCUCAGCUCACCGUCCCUUCAGGUUGGCGGCCUGGGAUGCCGGUGGAAUUGCCCACAGAUAUGCCGCUUGUGCCGCCGCCUGGUUGGAAGCCUGGGGACCCGGUGCCACUUCCCUCCUUGGACUCCAUUGUUCUUCCUGGUAACCGUGAGGAGCAGCAACCACGACCCGUUGUUCCACAGAUGCCACCACCCAAGGCACCUGAGCCGAUACAGGUUCGGCAUGUUCAGCUUGACAUUAAUCCGGAUGAGGAUGAUGCCAGUAGCGAUUAUAGUAGUGACAUGGGAAGUUCUGAAGAGGAUGAUGAAGAUUGAAAUUCUGUAAUGUGAUGUUUCCUGGUAGUAAAAAAUGUGUCUGAAGCAUUUCAGGUAAUUGAAAUAUCAUAUUAUGAUAGUUUUUCCCCCUCUUUUCAAGUCGAUAUUUGCCAGUUGUAGAAUAGUAUGUUACUUAAAUUUUGGACAGAAAUUUAGUUUUACGCAUAUGAAGUUGAGGAUCUAGUUCUAAAUAUUUAGGAACACCUGAUAGCAAUUGUGCCAGAAGGGACUGGUGUAGGAUUAAUCAUAACUGAUGUUUAAGGGAAUUAUCUGGAUAAAAUAUGCCUGUAGAACUUUAAAGUAAAGAUACAUGUAUUGGAUUCUGCAAAUUUAAAUUUUGGGUUCCUUCUGGUAUUUAAACAUACAUUUAAAGAUGCUCA